AUGAACGCGAACACGUUGGUGGUCUUUGCGGUUGUAGCUCUGCUCCAGUUGACUAGUGCGUCGGCUAGGCUGGGAGAGGCACAGAUCUACACUGGAGACAAGUGCCCGACGCGAUGCACGCGCGACUAUAGACCGAUAUGCGGCUCGGACGGUAUCACCUACGCGAACAAGUGCCUAUUCAAGGUCGGGCAAUGCUUGGAUCCGUCCCUUAAGAAGUUCCACAAGGGCAAAUGCAAACAAUGA